UGUACAGAAAUUUGUAAUGGACUGAUGGAGGAAGUGGCCAUUGCAGAAAGUGUGCAAUAAUUGAUGAUUGAUUGAUAGUUUAUUGUUGCAAGUAAACAACAAUGUCUGUAUUCCAAUAGUUCCAGUCCGCGGGUUUUGGGCGGCUUUUGGGAUGGGAUUGGGCGGGAACACUGACCACGACCUUCUUCUCUUGACCUGUGACGCUUUGUAUCACUUCUUAGGUCCUCCACCUCUCGUUCCUCCUUUCUUCUUAUUCACACACUUUCCUUUUCAGUAUUACAUAGCUUUCCUAACUGCAAUAAAGUCACUUAUUUUCACUAUUUCAAUUCAAUUCACUUACUCUGAUUCAAGACCAAGACCGAGACACGCACACACACACACACACACACACGCUCUUGGAAGCCGGACACCAAAACAAACGUUAUUUCAGGUGAAUUAAGGCGGAAUUAAGUGACCCAAGAGCAUUAUGACCGUCCAGGGAGGCAGUGAGCGGCGCCUCCCUUGACAGCACCGCCGGGGAGACGCAAAUAACCCUUGAGUGUGUCCUGCGAGGCUAAGAAGAGGGCGGGAGUUGAGGGACAGACAGCCAGGAAGGACACGGAGGAGGCAAUCAUUUCAGUAUCAUAUAGCCAGACUGUCAGCCGUUCAGCCAUGUUCCUGCAGAAGGCGUGUGUGGGUGACCUCCGGGGGGCCCAGCAGCUCCUUCGCCCCCUGGCCCGCCGCGCCCUCGCCUCCUCACCGCCGCUCACCGGGGAGACCAAGGCUGCAGAAGAGGAGGAGUUUCGUACCCUUGAGCUGACCAAGAAGAAGAUAGAGAAACGCUUCCAGAGAACGCGCAAGACACAGAACACUUUGCCUCCGAGAUACAAACAACAGAAGAUCGACCAGGACUGGGGUAGCGUAUGGCCCGCGGCAAGAUCCUUCCACCCGGCCACCGUGCCCUUCCCAGUUCGCCAGGGCUACCCCGCCUCCAACCAGCCCACGCCGGACAAAUGGGGCAAUGCGGAGCUCAUGAAGAUACCAAACUUCCUCCACCUGACACCCCCAGUCAUCCAGCGGCAGUGCCAGGCCUUGAAGA